UCCCUUCCAUUUCAUUUCCAUAUAAACCCUAAACAAACAGUACACUUCCCCCUCUGCUCUCUCUUCUCUACCCCAUUAAUACCAAAAAAAAAUUGCUUCCCCAAUUUUAGCUAAAGAAAAAGUACCAAUUAUUGAUCAUUUUCAGAAAAAAACAAAACUAGCUAUACCAGUACUCUUCCAAUUUUUUCUAGUAUUGUUCAAACAUACGAAUAUUUCUUCACUUUCCUUUUUUUUUUAUAAUUUUGUUACUCUGACGAUGAACAGUAACAAAAUCAAUAAAGCGACCGAUCUAGAAUAAGGAAGAUAAAGAUCGAUCCUAAAGACGUAUUUAUGGCUUCUUUUACGGAAUUAGUUGAGAAUUCGAAUCAUCAUCCUCAGGAGAAAAUCAACAUCGAAACAGUUAACAACAUCGAGAUAACUUCUUCUUCUUCAUCUGCUGCUGCACCGGCGGCACCAGCUAGCUCAAGUAGCAGAUAUGAAAAUCAGAAGCGGCGGGAUUGGAACACGUUCGGUCAGUACCUGAGAAACCACAGGCCUCCACUCACGCUCUCUAGAUGCAGUGGUGCUCACGUCCUUGAAUUCCUUCGUUACCUUGAUCAAUUCGGCAAGACUAAAGUUCAUACUCCGAUGUGUCCGUUUUAUGGGCAUCCGAAUCCGCCAGCACCGUGUCCGUGUCCGCUAAAGCAAGCUUGGGGGAGCCUUGACGCACUGGUAGGACGACUUAGAGCGGCUUAUGAAGAAAAUGGAGGGAAGCCGGAGACGAACCCUUUUGGUGCUCGUGCUGUUAGGCUUUAUCUUCGCGAGGUUCGUGAUUUGCAGUCCAAAGCGAGGGGAGUUAGUUACGAGAAGAAGAAAAAACGGAAACGCCCUCCUCCUCCACCACCACCGCAACAACAACUGCCACUGUCAUCGCCACCACUAUCAGCAAAAACUGCUCAUUAUAUGUGACAAAGGCUAACGACCACAAGCUAAUGGACCAGAUCAGACUAUAUUUUAGCAUGAUAUAAUUAUAGAGAGAAUAAAACAAAGGAAUGAAGCUAGAAUAGUUAAAUAUUCUUUGUUCAAAUAAGAAAAAUUUAGUUGAUUCCAACUUGUUUGAGAUUGAAGAUGUUAGAAAUAUCAAUGAGUUACUUGACUUGUAAAGAUAUCCAUAUAUUAAUUAUUUGAUAAGAGUUACUAUUACUAUAGUCAUGAUCAUAAUUUUAAAUGAGUACUCCAUAAUACCUAUAUAAUUUACUCUUAAUUUUUUUUUCUCAGUAUAUUUUACAUAUAUUUAGCUCACUAUCAU